CAUGAAGUUUUGCAGGCUCAGAGAUGAUCAGGACUUCACUUCCCAGGAGACCUUUCAAAGCAGAGGCCUGGCUUUAUAGGAAGCGUACCAUGGUCACCCCAGGCCACCUAGCGGCCAGGUACAGCCCUGCCUCAGGCCACUCCCUUACCUGGGGCAGUCCCCGCCCUGGAGACCUCUGGAGACGGAAACAACAGGUGCAAAGAGUACCUCCACAGACAUGGAAGAACGUCCCAGGGAAGCCUGGGGCCAGUCCAGGGACUGGUCGAGCUCCGUGAAGGCGAGAACAGGCCCAUCACUGUCCUCUGUGCUGAAGGACCUCCCAAGUGCUGCUACUCUUCGAUACCGUGGCCCCGGUGUGCUCCCUUGGGGGACACUGGAUGAGGAUGAGGAUGAGGAUGGAGGCGGAAAGGGUCUUCAGGCCUUUGCAGAAACUGCCCACAUGGAAUCUCACCCUCCCCGGGAACUUCCCUGGCCUAUGCAGGCAAGGCGGGAACACAGGAAGAGCCAGGCUAGAGAGCAGGUGGCCUCUGGCUCUGAAUCGAAGGCUGCCUACUGGACCCGACAGCUUUCCAGGACCAAGGGAAAAAUGAAAGAAGGCUUUCAGACUAUACAGCCCUGGGCAUGGACGCUGAAGAAGAUUGGGGGCCAGUUCGGAGCAGGCACCGAGUCCUACUUCUCCCUGCUGCGCUUCCUGCUCUUCCUCAACCUGGUGGCAUCUGUGAUCGAAGUCUGCAUGAAGCUGGUCCCCGCCUGGUUGGAAGGCGCUCCUCCAGGUCCCCCUAGCCCUAACAUCUCCUCGCCCUGUGGUUCCUAUGCCCCCCACACUCAGGGCCUGGUCAGCUUCCCCACUCAGCUCUUCAACUUGCUCUCUGGAGAGGGUUACCUAGAAUGGUCCCCUCUGUUCUAUGGGUUCUACCCACCCCGAUCAAACCUGGCCAUCCCCUACCUGUGCUCCGUCUUCGUCAUCGGUCUCAUCUACUUGCUGUUCAUCCUACACCGUUCGGUGUCCGGGUUGAAGGAGACGCUGUUGGCCGAGUCAGAGGUUCUGACCAGUUACAGCCACCGGGUGUUCUCAGCUUGGAAUUUUGGCCUCUGCGGGGAAGUGCACGUGCGGCUGCGCCAGCGCGUCAUUUUGUACGAACUGCAGGUGGAGCUGGAGGAAGCCGUGGUCAGGCGCCGUGCUGCGGAGCAGACGCUGGGCCAGCGAGCCAAGGUGUGGUCGAUGAGGGCUCUGCUCAACCUGCUGAUCCUUGCGCUCCUGGGGGCGGCCUUCUACGGCAUCUACUGGGCCACAGAGUGCACCGUGACGCUGCAGGAGACACCCCUUGUCCAACAAACCCCCCUCCUCAAACUUCUGGUGGAUUAUCUUCCAUCCAUUUUCAUCUCCGCGUUCAACUUCGUGCUGCCCCCUGUGUUCAAGUUCAUUGCCUCGCUGGAGGGCUACACGCGCAGCCGCCAGAUCGUCUUCGUCCUGCUUCGGACUGUGGUUUUGCGUCUGGCCUCCCUGGUGUUCCUCCUGUUCUCUCUGUGGAAUCAGAUCACAUGUGGGGGAAACAAGGAGGCAGAAGGAUGCAAGGCCUGUGGCUACAAUUACAGAGAAAUUCCGUGCUGGGAGACUCGACUGGGCCAGGAGAUGUAUAAACUUGUGCUCUUUGAUCUGCUGAUGGGCCUGUUGGUCAUGCUGUUGGUCCAGUUUCCUAGAAAGAUACUCUGCGGCCUCUGUCCUGGAGCAUUGGGUCGUCUGGCUGGGACUCUGGAGUUCCAAGUGCCGGACGAGGUGCUGGGGCUCAUCUACGCUCAGACCGUGGUCUGGGUGGGAAGCUUUUUCUGCCCUCUACUACCUUUGAUCAACACUGCCAAGCUCCUGAUACUUUUCUGUCUGAAGAAGAUAACACUCUUCUCCAUCUACUCACCGGCCUCUGGCACCUUCCGAGCCUCCAUAGCAAAUUUCUUUUUCCCCUUGGUGCUUCUUGUGGGUCUGGCAAUCUCUGCUGUCCCUGUGCUCUACAGUAUCUUCCUGAUCCCACCUUCUAAGCUGUGUGGCCCAUUCCAAGGGAAGCCGUCCAUUUGGGUCCAGAUCCCUGAGUCCAUUGAAAGUCUCCCCCAAACUGCUCAGAACUUUCUCUACUUUCUGGGGACUCAGGCUUUUGCUGUACCCCUUCUGAUCCUCUCUAGCAUCCUGAUGGCGUAUACAGUAGCCCUGGCUAACUCUUACGGACGCCUCAUUUCUGAGCUCAAACGCCAGAUAGAGACGGAAGCGCAGAAUAAAGUCUUCCUAGCCCAGAGAGCUGUGGCUCUGAGCUCAGGUAAUGGAGCUAUCUGACCAUUCUGGCUGGAAAUGCUGUCCCACCUUCAGCCCCUCAGACCCAUUCUACGCCUCAGUGACUUCAUAUAUCAAGCGAUCAUCUCUGGAAUCGAAUCCCACGCCCUCUGCCACCAAGUGCCAUUGUCUCAGUUGAACCGUAUUAAUAAACAACAGCCGAGGCCGCUAUGCAUUUUGAAA